GUAAUAAUCUGGCUCCAGCAGCAAGUUCGAUAUCAUCCUGUCCUCGAGACUUCGCCUGACCACAUCUCCAAAGGUCGUUCGAGUGCCCAAAGGCAGAAAGCAUCGCAAGCAGUGCCUGGUAUCCACCCCAAUCCUAUAGCUCCUCUGUGCAGCAAAGGAGAAUCGAGAACGACAUCAGUCGCAGCGCAGUGCCUCACAAUGACGGUCACCACAGGCGCUCCAAUCGAGAUCACCUCCCCCGAGCAGUUCACUUCCAUCAUGGAAUCAGACCUGAAUCGGGUGACGCUGCUCAACUUUUGGGCCUCUUGGGCAGAACCGUGCAAGCAAAUGAACGAAAUCGUCGUGGAAAUCGCCGCCAAGAACCCUCAAAUCGCUGUUCUCAAUGUCGAAGCAGAGGCACAGCCGGAUGUCUCUGAAUCAUUCGACAUUGACUCGGUGCCUUCUUUCGUUCUUCUUCGUGGCCACACUCUGCUCUCGCGCAUAUCUGGCGCCAACGCCUCUGCUCUGAGAGCUGCCGUUGCUUCUUAUGCAUCUGCGCCACACUCUAGCGCGCGUAUAGUUGCAGGGGGGGCAGCCUCCUCGACUACUGCUGCGCCGCGUGCUGCGCCAAGCACAUACGCGCCAUCCACUGCGGUUGGCCCGAGCAGCGGCCCGGCGACAGGUUCCGUUGGGCAGCACUCUUUGGAUGAGGAUGUGCCAGUCGAGACGGAGGAGGAGAUCGAGGAGCGAUGCAAAGCUCUAAUGAAGCGGUCAAAGCUCCUAGUCUUGAUGAAAGGCUCUCCGGAUCGCCCGCGUUGCGGUUUCAGUCAGAAGACAGUCAAUCUAUUGCGGGAGCAAGCAGUCGAGUUUGACCACUACGACAUUCUCGAGGAUGAGGGUGUCCGACAGGGCAUGAAGAAGCUCAAUGACUGGCCGACUUUCCCUCAAAUCAUCGUCAACGGAGAGCUAAUUGGAGGGUUAGACAUCCUCAAGGCGAGUCUAAGUCAUUCGAUUGGGGUCCUUCAUGCACCCUUACUGAUCCAGCUGUGAAAAUUCGGGCUCCGGCGCUGGAUGUAGGAGAUGGUCGAGUCGGGAGAGUUCAAAGAGGUCCUGUCUUCUUCAUAGCGAGAACGAUCGUGUAUAUUUUAGCUGCAGACUUUCGUAGUCAAGCUUUACUGGCUGUGCCGG